UGGCCACCCUGUAUAGUACCUCCCGCUCUAUUCGUAAUAAGAGUAUAUAAUGAUUGUGCACUCCACCAUGACACGUACUUUCCAGCAGACACCGAUCGUACGAGGUCGCGGCCUCAUUUCCAACGUAAUAGAAAAUCUCCCUUUCGAAGCCCACAUCCCAGGUUACAAUUUCUGUGGCCCGUCAACCAAACUGCAAAAACGUCUUCAACAAGGAGAUGUUGGUAUAAAUCCACUUGACGAAUUUGCAAACACACGACAUUUUCUAUUCUCAGCAGAAAGUUUUGGCUGAUCAAGCUAUACAGCGAGCCUUCGCAUCC